AUGUCAAUUGGAUUUUACUUCGAAUUUCCGGUUUUGCCUGCAAAUGUGAUUCGAUUCGAUCAGCCAUCAAUUUGUUUGGCUGGGAAUAACACUGCUUUUGGGGAUGAUAUUGUGAUUGUGGUGGCAUGCCGCACUCCAAUUUGCAAGUCAAAGCGUGGAGGCUUUAAGGAUACACAUGCAAAUGAUUUGCUUGCCCCUGUUUUGAAGGCUUUGAUUGAUAGAACAAAGGUGAACCCAAGUGAAGUGGGGGAUAUUGUUGUCUGUUCAGUGUUGGCUUGUGCUACACUCAGAGCAACACAGUGUAGGAUGACAACAUUCUAUGUUGGGUUCCCCGAUACAGUGCCUAUUAGAACUGUCAACAGACAAUGUUCUUCGGGCCUACAAGCAGUUGCCGAUAUUGCUGCUUCCAUAAAAGCAGGAUUUUAUGAUAUCGGCAUUGGUGCUGGAUUGGAGAGCAUGAAAACGGAUGGUUUAGUUUCUAGGUUUGAGGAAGUUAACCCAAAGACGGAUAGCUUUGCCCAAGCCCGGGAUUGUAUUCUUCCUAUGGGCAUUACUUCUGAAAACGUUGCACAACGCUAUGGUAUCACAAGGCAAAAGCAAGACCAGGCCAUUGUUGAAUCACAUCGAUGGGCAGCUACUAGAACAGCAUAUGGUAAAUUCAAAGAAGAAAUUAUUCUUGUAGCCAUAAAGAUUGUGAAUCUUAAAAUUGGAGAAGAGAAGGCAAUCAUAAUUUCAGAGGACGAUGGUAUCCGCCCCGAUACAAACAUACCAAGUUUAGCCAAAUUGAAGCCUGCUGGAAAUGCUAGCCAAGUGAGUGAAGGUGCAGAUAGGUGUAAGUUCAAUCCUGUCAAAAUUGGGAGGGAUAAACUUGUAGAAGAGGAUGACCCUUACAAGUUUAGAUUAUUGCUAAUGGGAAUCAAUCUUAAAGAUGUGCGAGUAGAGGUCGAGAAGAUAAUUGGAAAGGGCAGUGGUUUUGUUGUUGUGGAGAUUCUAUACUAUCUUGAUGAAGCCACAGGAUGGGUUUGGAAGUCUCUGAGCUUAAGAAACAACUUGUAA